AUGUUCGCCCCUAAGAAUUUCCACCUUCUAUUGAAGGCUGGGAAAGGAAGUCAGCGAUCCGUUCAUCUCGAAUUCAAGUUAGAUCGGUUGCUAAUUCCCAACGCCAUCUCCAGCGCAGAGAAACUAGAGCAAACACCUGGAGGGCCUGCGAAAGAGUGGGUCGAUCGCUUGGAUAACAUAAAUCGGAAAGCUCGGUUACCCCGAAGUGUACAGGCUGUAUAUUUACGACCGCUUCGAAAGGAAGCUGAAUAUGGUGUUCCCGUCUGCGACCUGCAAUUAAGAUCUUACAGCGUGCGAAAUGUAGAGUUCUUCGCUGACUUUGCAUUGCGUGCUGCAUACUACCUCAAACUUCCUGUCUCAGGGCCGGUACCUCUACCGCGAAUCACUGAACGCUGGACGUUCCCUCGGAGCAAUUUCAUCCACAAAAAGAGCCAGGAAAACUUCGAGAGAAUAACACUUCGUCGGUUGUUGCAGGUCAAAGAUGGGGACCCCCAUGUUGUGCAAAUAUGGUUGUCUUUCCUGCGCAAACAUGCGUUUUAUGGGGUAGGCAUGAAGGCCAACAUCUGGGAGCACGAGAGCCUCGAUGUCGUCAAGGAUAUGGACAAGAAUGUCCCUGCUAUCGAAAAAUCCCUAGAAUCCCACUUGUCAGGAUUCGGUCAGCGAGACAAGGAGGGACAUUCAAAGAUUUCGGAUAUCCUAGGUGACCAGCAACUCAGCCGAGCGGGUCCGUUGACUGAGAGCGUGCUUGCCGAAGUUUUCCAUGCUGACAACCGCGCGCCAAUGCCUCGACUCUCCAGUGCCUUGAUUGCAAGGGCAUACCAACAACACCCUUUCCUCCCUCUUCUGUUACGUGAAUGCCGCACCAUUGAGUCUGCACGUAAUGAACUUCGCUGGUUAGGGGAACGAGCCACUUCUAUAUCAGCAAAGCUUCAAGCAGCGGAUGGGUCUAUUGUUCCGAGGCGGAAGAAAAUAUUAGGCUCUAUGUGCCGCGCUCGGUCAAGAGGUGUGCCUUUACAGUACAUUCUCGGUGAUCAACCAUUUGGAGACCUAGAGAUUCUGUGCCGAAGAGGAGUGCUGAUUCCAAGGGUAGAAACCGAGACAUUUACCAUACGUACGGCCAAUCUGAUAUUGGAGAGAAUACGCUCAAAUAAGCGUGCCGGAGCAAUCGCGGAGAACGACCAUUUUCGCGUCGUGGAUCUUUGCACUGGUACAGGAUGUAUAUCAUUGCUUCUCCACGCUCUUCUUUCGCCCCAUUUGCGAGUGUCCAUUGCUGGUAUUGACAUCAGCCCAAUGGCAGUUCGUCUGGCCAACAUGAAUCUCUUACACAAUAUCCAGCUAGGUUCUAUAUCAGAGCAAGCAGGACAAGACGUGUACUUUCGAGAGGGGAAUGUGCUUUUUCCAUCUAACGGAAGAGCCCCUAGCGUCAAAGAUGCUCUCCGUGAGAUCUCAGCAUUUUCUUUCCAGGAGAGGUUGCAUUGUGACGUUAUCAUUGCAAACCCACCUUACAUAGCGCCUGUGUCUUUUUGGGACGGUACUACAGCGCGCAGUGUCCGAAUGUUCGAGCCUAGUCUUGCAUUGGUUCCACCGGCAAUAUCCCGUGUUUCCAUGAUUGACACAGUCAGACAGGAAGACAUUUUCUUUCAUUAUAUCCUUAGGCUGGCACUUGAUGCUCAAGCAGAGCUCACGAUACUUGAAUGUGGGGAUCUCGUCCAGGCUCGACGGGUGGUGUUGAUGUGCAGACACAUGGCGAGCGCCCUGCAGCAGGAUGUCUCGGUUGAAAUGUGGUCAAGCGAGGAUGGGCCUUCUAUUGAGGGAAAUGGACCAUAUGCGGUUGCUCUCCUACGAAAGGCUGGUCCUUGGUGCCAAGUAGAUGUUUAA